AUGUUUAUCUUCAUAAUUGAUUUUAUCAGAACAUAUUUAACUUAAAUUAGUUUAUUUUAAAUUCCGAAUUAUAUCAUUAUCAAAAUAUCUUUUUUGUCUAAUUUAAAAAAAUAAUCUUAAUAAAUAAUACAGGUUAAAAAAGUAAACAUUCUUAUUGACAAUUCUGAAUUACUCAAUCUAAACUUAUACCCCUCCCUUUACUUCAAGUUUAAAAUCUAAUAAAAAGCCUCAUCUUUAAUUCUCCCAAGCUCUAUAAAGGAAAAAUAAUCAUACUAUAUCAUAUCAUUAGCCUCCUAAUAAAGUUCAUCCAGAAUCAGCCUCUUAGUAGACUAGCAAAUCCAAAAGGGGAAGAAGUAUCACCUUGAAUAAAUUAGAUCUAUCCCAACCUAUUGUAAAAUCCUAUUUUAUUUAAGCAACCGAUUCCAUUAUAUUCAUUAUAAAAAUAGCUUUUAAUUCAUUAAUUAAAGUUUGUGAAUCCAGUUGAAAAAAUAAAGUAGGGUAAUCAAUAAAGUAGAUAUUACAUUAAAAAUAAUAUACAAUCAAAAAAAUAACACUGGUUUUCAAAAUAAUCAAAAAUUAAAUUCAGUUCAAAACAUUCGAAAUGUUUACAAACUAGAAUCAUUAUUGGGAUUGAAAUCAAUUUAUUUGAAUUAACAAUCUUAGAAAAAAAUAAUCAUUUAAAUAGUUUACUUAAAUAAUUCUAAAAUAGCAUAAGAAUAUACUAAACAAUUGAUUAAAUAAUUACCUAAAUUCUUAGAUAUUGAUAAUGAGAAAUUUUAUGAUAACUAAUAAAAAUUCUUAACAGAAUAUGAAUUUGGUUUAAAUAUAAGUUGUAAAUAUAUCAUUUUAUAAUAGAAAUAUAAGAAAUAAAUGAAGAUGUUCUUUCUUCAAAUUCUUUAAGUACUUUUUAUAAUAAAGUAUUUUGA